AUGACGACACUUCACACUUUCUCUUUCUGGUUGAUAUUAUGUUCCCUCCUCUCCGCUUCAUCGAUUAUCGCUAAAGUUCAACACCAUAACUUCGUCGUACGUCUCCUCAAUAAUAUAAAAUUGCAUGGUGUGAGGCAGAUGAGAACUGGAUGGGCUGAUGGUCCUGAAUUCGUGACCCAAUGCCCAAUCCGACCAGGAAAGAGCUACACGUACCGUUUCACUAUCCAAGGCCAAGUUGGGACAUUGUGGUGGCACGCACAUAGCUCCUGGCUCCGAGCCACCGUCUACGGUGCACUCAUCAUCCACCCAGCCCCUGGUUCCUCUUUUCCAUUUCCUAAACCGGAUCACCAAACCGCCCUCGUGCUCGGAGAAUGGUGGAAUGCAAAUCCGGUUAAUGUAAUUAACCAAGCGACUCAAACCGGAGCUGCUCCAAAUAUAUCCGAUGCUUAUACCAUCAAUGGCCAACCCGGUGAUCUAUAUAAUUGCUCGACCAAAGGGACUGUUGUAGUACCGGUAACGUCAGGUGAAACAAGUCUUCUACGAGUGAUCAACGCAGCUUUAAACCAACCGCUAUUUUUCACGGUGGCAAACCACAAACUCACAGUGGUUGGAGCUGACGCUUCCUACCUCAAACCAUUCACCACAAAGUUCCUUAUGUUAGGUCCGGGCCAAACCACUGAUGUACUUCUUACCGCCAACAAACCGCCCAAACGCUACUACAUAGCAGCCAGAGCUUACCAAAGCGCCCAAAACGCACCGUUUGACAACACCACAACUACAGCCAUUCUCCAAUACAGUAAAACGACAAAAACUUCUCCACCAAUCAUGCCGCGUUUGCCUGCCUUCAACCACACGAAAACCGUGACGUCAUUCUCGAGAAAAUUCAAAUCUCUUCGAAACGUCGUCGUACCGAAAACAAUUGACGAAAAUUUGUUCUUCACCAUCGGUUUAGGUCUCGAUAAAUGUCCCAAGAAUUUUCCUAAGAACCGGUGCCAAGGCUUAAACGGGACCCGGUUUACCGCCUCCAUGAACAACGUUUCGUUUGUUCUACCGUCGAAUUUCUCACUUUUGCAAGCACAUUCAAACGGAAUUCCAGGUGUUUUCACGACGGAUUUUCCAGCUAAACCGCCGGUUAAAUUCGAUUAUACCGGAAAUAACAUAAGCCGGGGUCUGUUUCAACCGGUUAAGGGUACUAAGCUGUAUAAACUCAAGUAUGGAACGAGGGUUCAGAUUGUUUUACAGGACACGAAUAUUGUUACGUCGGAGAAUCAUCCCAUUCAUCUUCAUGGUUACGAUUUCUACAUUGUGGGAGAAGGGUUUGGUAACUUCAACCCCAAGAAAGACACUUCUAAGUUUAACCUAGUUGAUCCUCCACUUAGGAACACUGUGGCUGUUCCUGUCAAUGGUUGGGCUGUUAUCAGAUUCGUGGCCGACAAUCCAGGGGUUUGGUUGAUGCAUUGUCACUUAGAUGUCCAUAUCAAAUGGGGCCUUGGUAUGGCGUUUUUGGUUGAGAAUGGUGUCGGAGAGCUGGAAACUCUUGAAGCUGCUCCUCAUGAUCUACCUGUGUGCUAGUAUCAGCAUCCAUAAUCCAAACUUGAGAGUGAAAGUCACUUGCUAUUUUUAGAAUAACAAUCAAAAUUUUGUAUUGUUUUGGAUCAAAUUUAUUUGUGAGAGAUAAUCAUGCUUCCUUUUGCGUAGUUAAUGUAAGUGUUCAAUGUGUGUCAUAGUUCACAUAUUCUCUGUCUUACCAAUUGUUGUAGUUUGAAGGAAAUUCAAAAGUAUGAAAAAAAAUAUCGAUUUUUG